GGGGGGGCAAUAUGGACGUCACAUCCCCCUCUUCAGAAAACUGGAGUAGGAAGCGGAAAUGAACAAAUUGACAUUCUCUUUUGUGUGUAUGUUUUGAGCUGUUGAACGUGAAGUUGUCAAGCAAUUUAGAGGUCUCUUUGAAAAGCUGUCAAUACGAAGGGGGAAAUAACAGGAAAUCAACAUGAACCUAGAGCGCCUUCCCAAUGAGGAGAAACUCACCCUCUGUAGGAAAUACUAUUUCGGGGGAUUUGCAUUCCUUCCGUUCCUGUGGCUGGUGAAUGUGGUGUGGUUUUUCAAAGAGGCCUUUGUAAAGCCAACAUAUACUGAACAACUUCAGAUCAAAACAUAUGUAAAGCGUUCAGGGCUGGGGUUGCUACUGUGGGUUGCAGUACUCACCACAUGGAUAACCAUAUUCCAGCACUUCAGAGCAGAAUGGGGUGAGGUGGGCGACUACCUCUCCUUCACCAUUCCACUUGGCAUUCCCUGAGACAGACAAGGCGGGGAAACAAGAAAGCUUCCUACUGUAUAAAACUUUACCAUGACAGAAUUAAUAGGCAAAUCUAACAUAGGUUGAAAUAGUUAAACGUGUAGUUUCUCAAUGGAUAACCAUGGUAAUUUUCUUCUGGGCUUUAAUGAGUGGGAAGAUGUCCUAUGAACACUGCACCUUUUCCCCAAAUUGUGUGUAGUGUGUGGAUGUCUCAACACGUUUGAGUAAAUUUGGAAGGUUAUACAGGCGAAUGGUAUGUAUGACAAAAAUAAAUAGCAAAUUCAUUAACUUUCUAAAUUAAAUGGAAGUGUAUGCCUUUUUUAUUUGCUGUAAUAAGGUUUUGAGUUUAGAUGCCAGAUUGUGGUCUAGUGUGCAUUUCAUUAGACAUUUGACUCCUAUGGAUAAUAUGAAUGGCAUGAGAAUAGCUUUGGAUAACAAUAUCCAAUUGGCUUUGUGUUUAAUAUGUCAGUAUUUGUGUAACACUGCUCACAAUAACAACAUACUUAUUCCAGAUAAUAAUAUUCAUAGUAUCCUUUGUACUCUGUGUAAACCAUUCCAACAGUGAUGAGAUAUUAGCCAGUAAAGUACUUUAUGAUUGCAGAAUUAUUAUUUUUUUAAGUGCUUAAAUGAGGUCCGCUUCUGGCCAAUCUCUUAGGCGCCUAUUAUGAAACUCAAUCCAUCUGUAGCAAAUGUUACCCCCCCCUCUUCAGGAUCAUGGUUGAUGCCAUUUUUAGGCACUCAGUCAGACUCUACUUCUAUUACCAACUGACGCCAUGGCAGGAAGGACAUGUCACCCCACCAGCUCCAGUACUUAACAAGUCCAUUGAGUCUGCCAGGGUUGUAUAAGUCACACGACUGUCUGCUCUAAAUGGGGUCAAGGGGCAGUGGAUGUAAACCCAAAUCAGAUGUGUGUGUGAUGGAUGGUCAUAAGAUACCCAAUCGAUGAGGUGCUAAGAUCUGUGACAUGCUGGAGGCUUAUAUGACAUUGUUGUGGAUGUGGUGUCAGUGUAAUUGUAGAACAUGAUGUUCACCCUGCAUGUCAUGAUGACCUAAUUUAUUAUAAGGUCGUUUUAAUCACCAGGACAAAGUGGCUCGGGGAGACUGGCCAACAUUAAUCACAGAUUUGUUCAUCCCUCUCUUUGGGAUUAUGAUCAUCUCUGUAGAAAUUAUAAAAUUAAUACAAAUAUUGAAUAAUUUUUCUUUUGAAUAGAAAGACUUCCAAAUAAGGCCAAUGUGAUUGAAGAUUAGUGUGCCUGCUUCACAUUGAUCAAAAGAUCAUUACAUAAACAAUGUAACAGAAAAAUCUGAAGUAUGUAGACCUAUACAAUAAAUAUUGUAACAUCUUAAA